AUGUUCUUCCUACGAUCCGUCACGUUUGUAGCUAAACGGACAUGGUGGAGGCUCUGGUCGCUUCUACUUGCCCUUUUCGGUAACUCUACUUCUCCAGAAGCCUCUGCUGCCUUGUUGGUGGUGAUUUGCCUUAUCAAUACCUUCACUGGUGUGUCCAACAUGGAAUACCCAAAGGUUUACACGCCCAUUGACAUGAAACACUACUUGGCCAACCGUAGUCCAUUAAUUGAACAGUCUUUUAUACCAUGGCCGCUUUUGGGGGAUUCUAAUGUGUUUAGCAAGCAGUAUAAGCAGCUCUCCAUGGAAUAUGAUCCAAGACUACUACCGGCACUUUGGAUCAAGAGCAUUGUUUCUUCGUUGGACGAGACUUCGUUUGAUCUGGGCUUGAAAUUGCCCUUUAGAUGGGUAUCUGCAUUGGACUUACAACCAGGACUACGAUAUAAAGAUAUAGGAUCAGUGGGAAGCUGUAGUGAGUUCCAAGAGGCAUUGGGGAUCAAGAAGUCAGAAGGUGUUUGUGAACAGGUGGCUCAGACGUCUCCAGAUCUACCAAAAUAUAGCAUUGUGGGUCCCACAGACGAGCCGCUUCUGGAAUUUGCCAGACGGUACGUGGGAGCCAACUAUUUAUUGUACAAUUUGCAUUUACCCAGAAGGAUUGUUCUUUUGGGAGUUGGACCAGGGGAGAACGAUAGACUGCUGGUUGUGGUUCCAAUUGAUGGAGAGGAUGAGGGGCCAGCUUUUGAAAAAUCAGAUUUGGAGGUUUUGGCUGGGCAUGUCAAGGAUAGUGAUGUGAAAUGGGUUCUGUUAAAGGAGCAGGCUUCACGAUUGAAGAGUAGAUGGAGCUGUUUGAAUGUACCUCGUCUAGAUGAUGAAGAUCCACAGUAUGAAUCGUUCAGGUUUGUCAAGAGAGCUUUGCCUGAGGAGCUAGAUAUAACAGAGUUCCAGAACCAGCCGUUGGUCUUUUCUGAUGACCUUGACGGUCAAUUGACACUGAACAUUCAGUCAGUGAACGAAGAAGAGAAGUACUUUCAUGAAGCAAGAAUCCUUGGAAGCAGCAAAGGAAGUCACUAUGACUGGCGGUUCUUUAAAAAGACCACCUACUCGCCAUAUGAACGAACAGCGGUUUUGCACAGACUCACGAAAGCAUGGCUCAGGUUUGCAAAUGACGCCGGCCUUAGAACAUGGCUAGCUCAUGGAACUCUUCUUGGAUGGUACUGGAACGGGCUCAACAUGCCAUGGGACGACGAUCUAGACGUGCAAAUGUCCAUGAAGAGUCUUCAUUCUCUUGCACGAAACUAUAACCAGUCUAUCGUGGUUGACCUUAACGACGAAGAACCAACAGGCCAUAUGUACUUCGUUGACGUGAACCCCAAUUUUUAUAAGCGAGAGAAGGGCAACGGCGCUAAUGUUAUUGAUGCUCGGUUCAUUGACGUAUCGUCUGGAUUAUAUGUGGAUAUCACUGGGUUAGGUGUUUCUGAUGACAUUGAGAACGUCCAAAACUCUCCAGGAACCAGGCAAAACUCGCAUCUUCACCGGAUCUUCAAUCCAGAAUAUGAAGAAGCGUCUAAACUGUUUAAAGAUGCACCUGGGCUCCAAGAGUCAGUCGAACUCGAAUUGAGGAAUAUGGAGAUCGAGCAGUGGAACGCUGGCCGUUUAUAUAACUGCAAAGAUGACCAUUUCUUUCUUCACGAGGAGCUCAAGCCUGAAAAAGCGUGGUUCGAAGGCGUGGAGGCGUAUGUUCCCACUGAGUAUAUGAAAAUUCUCAAACGAGAGUACUCUCGAGGCACAAGAGCCAAGCAGCAUAAAGGAUGGCGGUUCUCCCAGGCUUUCGGGCUCUGGAUUCCCAUUUCCGAAUGUGGCAAAGCGGCCCUAGGCUGUGACAAGGAAGAAUGGAUCCUUGAAGAGGAAUACACCAGGCAUAUCCGUCAAACGCCUCGAAACCGGAACCCACCAACCGCUGGCCCCUCCAAAGUCGAUCCAUGGCUUAUCCAGCACAACCAGCAGCUCCUAAAAAUCACCAACUAG